AUGAUAGAAGGUAAUGACAUACCUAUCGGAUCAGAUCAAUACUGGCAAAUCGUGACAGGAGAAGUGAGAAGAGGAGAAAGUGGUCCAAAAGUUUUACAUACAAGGUAGGUUUGGAUUUAUGUGGACCCAAUAAAGAGCUCAACGUGUGACUGUGACUCAUCUGUUAACUUGGUUUCCAGAACCCAUGUCCUAAGAUGUGCUGCCGAACCGUCCCAACCUCUGAAGUUUGACCUUACUGGAGAGUUCAAACGCUUCUGGGACCUGGAGUCAUUGGGAAUAUCGAGUCCUGAACAAUAA